UUAUUUACUUGUUCUCUUACGAACGAACAAACACAACCCUCGGUGGAAAGAGAGAGAGAGAGAGAGAGAGAGAGAGAUCUGCAUCGGCUAGCUAAAGGGAAGGGAAGAUGGAGGGAGGAAUAGCAAAAACAGUGAAGGAUGUUUCCCCACAUGACUUUGUUAAGGCUUAUGCCGCUCACCUCAAACGCUCCGGCAAGAUGGAGCUUCCUGAGUGGACUGACAUUGUCAAGACUGGUAAGCUCAAGGAGCUUGCCCCAUAUGACCCUGAUUGGUACUACAUUAGAGCUGCUUCUAUGGCAAGGAAGAUCUAUUUGAGGGGUGGUAUUGGUGUUGGUGGAUUCCGAAGAAUCUAUGGUGGUAACCAGAGGAAUGGCAGCCGUCCCCGUCAUUUCUGCAAGAGCAGUGGUUCAGUUGCACGCCACAUCCUUCAGCAAUUGCAGACCAUGAACAUCAUCGACUUUGAGCCUAAGGGUGGAAGGAGGAUCACAUCCAAUGGCCAGCGAGAUCUUGACCAAGUUGCUGGAAGAAUUGCUGUUGCUGUUUAAGAGAGAUGAGUUCAUGCAAUCUUAUGAUAUGAAUACAUAAGUUAGCUCAAACUUAUUGUUUCAGUUUGGACCUAUAUAGAUUUAGGGUAUUGUUCAAUCAAUUUUGUGGAUGUUGUGCCUUUUUUUGAACUGUGCGACUUUUCUCAGUAUGUCAAGUUUUGUCCUUUCAGUA